AUGGCGCAUUAUUGUAAAUGGGUAGCAAAAAGGCAGUGUUAUAAUCGUGAUCUGGAGCAAGAUGAAGCUUUUAUUCCCGCUAGGGAGUCACUUCAGGAUCUUAUUGAUCAGUCACAGAAUUCUGGAGGUGGUUCAGGACUUCCGUUGCUGGUACAGCGAACUAUUGCCAAACAAAUUCAGUUCGUACAGCAGGUUGGGAAGGGGCGAUACGGUGAAGUGUGGAUGGGUAAAUGGCAGGGUGAAAAGGUGGCAGUGAAAGUAUUUUUCACCACUGAAGAAGCCAGCUGGCUUCGAGAAACUGAGAUUUACCAAACAGUUCACAUGCGGCAUGAGAAUAUACUUGGGUUUAUAGCAGCAGAUAUUAAAGGCUCAGGCUCCUGGACCCACCUUUACUUAAUUACAGAUUAUCAUGAAAAUGGAUCAUUGUAUGAUUUCCUGAAGUGUACCACUCUAGACAACAGAGCUCUGCUCAAACUGGCAUACUCCGCUGCAUGUGGUCUCUGCCAUUUGCACACAGAAAUAUAUGGGACACAAGGAAAGCCUGCUAUUGCUCACAGAGACUUGAAGAGUAAAAAUAUCUUGAUAAAGAGAAACGGGACUUGCUGUAUUGCUGAUUUGGGGCUUGCUGUCAAAUUUAACAGUGAUACUAAUGAGGUUGAUGUUCCAUUGAAUACAAGAGUGGGAACAAAGCGUUACAUGGCUCCAGAAGUCCUAGAUGAAACACUGAAUAAAAAUCAUUUCCAGUCAUAUAUCAUGGCUGAUAUCUACAGUUUUGGCUUGAUAAUUUGGGAAAUGGCUCGACGUUGUGUUACAGGAGGUAUUGUUGAAGAUUACCAGCUACCCUAUUACGACAUGGUGCCCAGUGAUCCUUCAUAUGAAGAUAUGAGGGAAGUGGUAUGUGUUAAGCACCUGCGCCCAGUAGUAUCUAAUAGAUGGAAUGGUGAGGAACCUCCCUUCUCUGCCCAUAAAAAGCCCCCUAGCCUCAUCGCUCAGAAGACACGACCUCCCUUGCAAGGCAGCCCAGUCGAGCCACUCAAUGAGUAG